ACUUUCAAGGCGAGGCGUUUGGCAUCUCAGACAAGCCUCUUCUGUGACUGGUGUAUGUUCAGCAGGCGACAGGAAGCGCAAGUGUGCGGCUUGCCUGCUCUCUUUUCAACUCCUCCCGCGACUGCAACCGGCAGAUCUCGCCGAAUCGAGAUGUAGUUCAAGUCGAACUAUUAUUGCACUCUUCCCCAGAUUGCACCAGCCUACUCUCGUCUACUCUCGUCUACUUUCGAGGCUAGGCAUUUGGCAUAUCAAACGAGCCUGUGGAAACAUUAAGCACGUGAUUUUCAGUAAUGACGUUGAGAAAGUAGAGUUGGGAACUCCCUGCAAACCCUUCGUAGUGUGAAACUCUAUCAAUAUAUGUAGAGGUACAUCACAUAACGUGCUCUCAAUCACUGACGAACGGAUAAAGAACGUCACGGAUUUACAGUGUGAGGUUGUUGGCGAUGGUGAAUUAUGAUUGUCAGUCAACAUGAGCACAUAUUUAUGGGGCUUUUAACCCUCAUGCCUCUCUUUACAGUACUCCACACAAUCCCUUCUCCAGUUAAUGUCACAAUACUGUCUCACAACUUCAAUCACAUCUUACAAUGGAGCCCUGGCAGAAAUUCACCUCCACAGACUGUUUUCAAUCUUAAACCAAGCUGUUAUGAAAAGUCACCAAUGCAGCUGAACAUCAGAAAUACAACAGUAGAUGUGUCUGGAGUGUUAGAGGACAUCUAUACACCCUGCACUUUCUCUGUCUGGGCAUCUCUGGACAACAUGACAUCACGCAAGCGUAAACUCACUAUUACACCAUAUGAAGACACCAUCAUCGGUCCACCCACUGUACAUCUGUCUGGCUGUGGAGACUGUCUGAAAAUCAAGAUCUCUCUUCCUAAAGGAUCCGGGAAGAAGGAUCAGCUGCUUCAGUUUUAUACUUCUGUGUCCUUCAAAGUAAGCUGGAAGAAAGCAGGAGAAAAUAAGUCUAACGAGAUCUGGAUAUCGAGUGGCAAGUAUUUACUGCAGAAUCUACAGGCGGGGGAUCAGUACUGUGUCAGAGUACUUCCGUGGAUCAACUCCAAUCGCAACACUCGUCCAUCUGCCUGGCAGUGUGAAUACACUAGCAAAGAAGAGCCAAGAGGAGUGGUAUAUUUAGUGAGUUGGUCUUUGGGAGCAACAAUAUCAGGUUUAUGUGUGCUGGUUCUGGCAGUCAGUCUGUUCUACACGGGGUCUGUGUGUAAGAUCAUGACCCCUCUUCCUAAACCAAUGAUUAAUAUAGCACAAGCACACUAUCUGCACCCUGAACAAACAGUAACUGAGAGUGUGUCGCUGCCUGAUGAUCAGCUGAUGAGCAGAUUUGAAAAUAAUCCCACCAAAAACAAUCACACACUAAAUGUUCAGCAACAUUUACAAGAGGAACGUAGAGAUGAAAAAAACUAUGCCAACAAGGUGGACACAGAGGAUGAGAAUGACUAUGAUGAUGAAGACGAGGAAGGCGGUUGCACCUACAUGGGGUGCGUAAUUAACCACAGUGAUUUGGAAAGUAAUAACUGUGAAGAGAACUCUCUUCAUGACUGUUCUGGAGUGUGUCAUACAGAAGAUGAAGCAGCCCUGGACCUUGUUGUAAUCAUGCCCUCCCAACUUGAGUGUGAGGAGGAAGUGAUGUCAGAAAUGUCUGCAGAGAUAACCAGACCUGAAAUCACAGAGACUCAGCUAGAGAAAAAUGCACCAGGGUAUAGUUCAGGAAACGUCAACUUGUUCUCAGUGACUCUGAGUGCUCUGGGACCGCAGGAAGAUAAUGAAGAGCUGUGUGAACCUCUGAUACCCAAACCACUGGAAAGUGAAGUACUACAAGUCAGAAUACCUCUGAUGACGAUACGGACAGCAGAGGAAUUUGAAGGAACAUCUGCAUCUGUGCAAACAGAAAUAAUAAAAACGGAUGUUCUGAUGUCAAUUGGAAGCCUUCUUUCUGUAUGUUCUCCUGUCCUGGACAUACAGAAUGAGUCUGACACAGUAUCAGGUUAUAUGGUGACACACUCGGGACACAUGCACAAACAAAAUACUGACUCGUCAGAGGAAAGUGAUUAUUGUGACACAAACUAUAUAACAAGAUGAAGAUGUAUAAUAUUUAUAUAAAGACUUGAACGUGUUCAUAUUCAGAAUUUGUCCGUGUCUGUUUGAACAAGGACUUUUAUAGUUCAGAUCAGUUGUUAAAGGGAUUGAUCACCCCUGAAUUAAAAUUCUGCCAUCAUUUACUCACCCUCAUGUUGUUCCAAAUCUGUAUGAUUUUGAUGGAACACAAAAAGAGAUGUGCGGAAUGUUAGAGACUAUCAGAAAAAAAAAGAUGCAAUGAAAAUGAAUGGUGACUGAGGUUAACAUCCUGCCUAACAUCUCCUUUUGUGAUAUGAAAAAUGAGGGUGAGUAAAUGACAACAGAAUUUUCAUUUUUGGAUGAACAAUUCCUUUAAAACCUUAAAUUCUAUGGACCCGCCGACGGGUUCAAAGGGGGGGCUAUAUUGCUAAAAAAUGUAUACUUAAUUUGUUAAUGUCUCUGUAUGCACAAGUCAGGCAUUUGAGGUAUAAUUUGAAAGCUUAGGAUCUGAACUUUUCAGAAAUAACCAUUUGUUACUUAAAAUAACAUAACAAGGCCUCAAAACAUUCUCAUUGAAAAUUAGCAAUGGGGUAGAACUAUUUAUAUAAAAAUAAAAGUCCUUCACGUAGCACCUAAAUGGACAAGUCAUAUAUCAAAUUAAAGUUCUCAUUCUCAAGAAUGUGACUGUACAGUUAAUUUUGUUUCCCUAAUACCACAGUUCGAAAUAUUUUCAAAAGAAUGACCAAGUGAAAUAUGAUUUCUGUCAUCAAAUACAAACAUCUCUUUUAUGCUCCGAUUAAUGCAGCUAUAAGCCCCAAGUAGCUAAAAACUUUAUAUCUGCUUUUACCUUUAGGUAGUUUUCUAAGCAAUUUUUUACUUGUCUUUGAGCUUGCUUGGCUGAAUAAUUCAAUGUUAUAUCUUAGAUGUCCAGAACAAAAUAUGCCAUCCAGAAGGAAAUGCAUGCAAAACAAAUCAUUAGAAAAUGUUAUCAACUAUUGAUGAUAAAAUGUUAUAUAUCAAAGGGGAGUAUCUCACCUUUCUAAUGACACCUAGAUUGAGCUUCUAGUCCACUCAGAGUCAGAGAUAUUCAAUGAAACAAUGAGGUUGGCGCUUGAACUGAAAAUUAGACUGAAUGUCUAUGGACGAGCUUGUCUGUGAGGGAUAAAAUGCAUUAGAGCACCACCUACAUUUCAGAUCUGUAUAUUACGAUGGAAUGUGAUAGAGAAAAAAAAAUUGUUGUAGUGCUUGCUGCCAUCUAGUCGAAUAAAAUGAGACUUCUCAAAGUGAGAGAGAGUGAACAGAAUUACAAGUUAGGACAACAGAAUAUAUAUAUAUAAUUUUUUUUUUUUUUUUUUUUUCAAAAAACUAUCAUAAAAUUAUAAACACAUACAAUAUUAUUUAUGAAUAAUUGGAGUCUUUUUAUUUUUAUUUGG